AUGUUACUGGGUUGGAUCCUCUGGACACUCCUCGGGGGGGCUAUGGCCGCAAUUUCUGGCUCCCCGCAUACCUCCUCAGAACCUCGCUAUCCCUAUGGCCGCCUGCCGACGCAACCUCUCUCUUUGUGGCGUCAGGACAAUGGGGGCAAAGACAAGCAACCUGGUUCCGCCAAACUGCCCUGGUCAGCGGUAUUCCCUUCUGGCGACCCGCCCGACACAGGCGUGACGCGGUAUUAUAAUUUCACUAUCUCAAGGGGGGACACUGCUCCAGACGGCUACGCUAAGAGCGGGCUCCUGAUCAAUGGACAGUUUCCCGGUCCUAUGAUCGAGGCCAAUUGGGGCGAUAUGAUUGAGGUGACGGUAUGGAAUAGAAUUGAGUCCGUGGAAGAGGGCUUGAGCCUUCAUUGGCACGGAUUGACUCAGAAGAAAACCCCUUGGGAAGAUGGCGUUCCGGGGAUCACCCAGUGCCCGAUCGCCCCAGGUGCCAGCUUUACCUAUCGCUUCCAAGCCGACCAGUACGGAACGAGCUGGUACCAUUCACACUACAGUGCUCAGUACACUGACGGUGCCUAUGGUCCUAUGAUAAUACACGGUCCGGUCCAGCCCGGCGCCUCCUACGAUCUGGACGUGGGUCCUGUGAUGAUCUCGGACUAUGGCCACGAGAGCUACUAUACCAUCUUGGAACAAAUCCUCUCGAUCCCUCCAUCCUUCCCGAAUGUAGAUAACAAUCUCAUCAAUGGCCAUGGAGCGGAUAACAACGAGGCUGGUGUGGGGUUCGCGCGAUUCAAUUUCACGUCCGGCAAGAAACACAGGCUGCGGCUUCUCAACACCGGAUCAAAUGCCAAUCAGAAGUUCAGCAUUGACGGGCAUGUCAUGACGGUCAUUGCCAAUGACUUCGUGCCGCUAGAGCCAUAUACCACCGAGGUCAUCACCCUAGGCGUGGGGCAGCGGACAGACGUGGUCGUGGAGGCCGCCGGGAAGCCCGAGGACGCCUACUGGAUGCGCGCGUCAAUUGAUAUGGAUUGUCUGAACGCUACGGCGACGUACAAGACAGUUCGGGCGGCUAUCUAUUAUGAAAAGGCCGAUUCCAGCGCUACACCGACCAGCAACUCGACUGCUUCGUUGGCGAGCAACAACUGCCGGAAUGAGCCUCUCAGUAGCACCGUUCCCUACUACCCUCAAACACCGCCAUCGAGAGUCUCGACGACAGAGACCCUCGAAAUCACCCUCGCCCAGAAUGCGAGCGGAAAUGUUCUUUUCUUUGUCAACAAUGUCACCUUCCGCGUCAAUUACAACACCCCUGUCCUUUUACUCGGCUGCCACGGGAAUUUCUCCUACCCUGAGAGCCCGGAUCUGAACCUCUGGAACUUUGGCGCCAAUUCGUCGAUCCGACUGGUUGUAUAUAACCUCUACGAGAUGCAACAUCCGAUGCAUCUCCACGGCCACAACUUCUGGGUCCUGGCCGAAGGUCGCGGAACGUGGGAUGGCGUGGUCAACAACCCACAAAACCCGCAACGUCGAGACACUCAGAUCCUCCAGCCGGGGUCGGUCGAAGAGCCCGCUUACAUUGUCUUGGAGUGGCAGGCUGAUAAUCCUGGGGUUUGGCCGCUGCAUUGCCACAUGUCCUAUCAUGUCAGUGCGGGAUUACUUCUAAACAUCAUUGAACAUCCCCAGGAUUUUGAAAAAUUCCAAAUUCCUCGGAGUAUGGUACAAACAUGUCGGGAAUGGGCCCACUUUAGUGGACAUGAGUUUGUGAACGAGAUUGACUCGGGUCUUUGA